AUGGAUCUGGUUCAGKCGGCCUCCACAGACACCACGGUCACUAGGAGGUCCUUCAGGAAAGUACCCAGUGUCCUGAGCAGCCUUGUGGAGGAGCCUGAAGAAAGACAUCCUGUCCCCAAUCACCUGYUGGAAUCAAAGAUUUAUUCAGAACUUCACAGGAGCAGGGUUGUACAGGUUGAGCCUGCUGUGUUACACUUUGGAGGGUAUGAAGUUGGAAAACAUCACCAACAGAUGCUGAAGCUGAUAAAUAUUUCUGACAAUGCAUUAAACCUUCACAUAAUACCACCCCAGACAACGUAUUUUCAGAUCAAAUACAGCAAAACACACCGGCUUCUCCCUGGUUUGUCCUAUGUGGUUACUGUUGAUUUUUGCCCUGAUGAGUGGCGCUAUUACUAUGACUGCAUCCGAAUUCAUUGUGAGGGAGAUGAUACCUUAGUAGUUCCCAUGCAUGCUUACCCUACUAUGAAUGUUGUAGAAUUUCCAUCAUUUAUAAAUCUGUCCGAUGUAUCAGUUGGUCGGAGUAAGGAGUACGUUAUCCCAUUGCGGUGCAGCUGUCCCAUAGAUUUUGAAUUCCACAUUGAUAUUAUUCAGCCUCACGCAGCCUUCACUGUCCAGCCAACAUUUGGAAUCAUUCCAGGAAAUGGAAAAGUUGAAGUAACUGUGAGGUAUUCCCCAUUUGAGUAUGGAACAGCACAAAUGACAAUGCAGUUACAGAUUUUGGAGUUUCGCCCAAAACCCUAUGUGUGUGUAUUCACAGGAACAUCAAUACCACAUCUGGCUCUGAUAAAAGAACAUUUUGAUGAACAACAAAGUCAUCCAGAGAAAAAAGCUGUAUCUGGAAAAUCCUUGGUGUGGAGAAGAGACCGGUUCAGCCAACUACAAUCAAAGCCUAUUCAAAAGCUAAAGGAAAUUGAAUACCAGAACCUCAGGUUCCCUACAGACUUGUCAAAUCCGUAUGCUGUAGCUACUGUUUUGAUUCAGGAACCAGGAAAAUUGAAGUUAAAGGACAUAAAAGAAGCCCUUUCCCAAGGCAGAGAAGGGGUAAAAACCAGACAGAUGAAGGACGCUAUAUUUCAACUAAAAGUCAAACAAAAUGUUCAAGAAGAGGAAGCUAAUCAUCUAAAGUCGCAAGUUCAUAAGGGAAGUGAUCCAAUCUCUGYGGAAUUUAAAAAAGAGAUUAUUGAAAGCCGACAAAGGGAGGAAGAGCAAUAUAAGAUCCGAAGAGAUCCUAUCAUAGAACAGGAGUUUCAAAGGGAUGAAGUAGAAGUUUCCUUCAGUCGUGUUACCCGGAAGGUUGACCAGUGUCCAAGUGUCCAUCCCACAUUUGACUUGCUCCAUAAUGACUCUUGGGACAAYAGAAAGAGGAUGUUGAGGAAAUUCCAACAAGCAGCAUACAAGAUUUUGGUUCAGAUUCGUCUAAAUCGUUUAUUGCAUCUGUUCCGUGGACUGACCAGAGAGGCCAGAGGUCUGGAGGAAGGGUCUGCAUCUGAAAGCAGGAGUUUUAGCAAGCCAGAGAAGAGUGAAGAACAUAAGGGCUUUUCUUCCAAYAUAUCUGAAGAUCGUAUAUUUCCUUCGAAAUUCCCCUUUUACAGUUCCCAGGAACUACAAAGUUAUUUGUCACCUGAUGCUCUUGGCCCAGUUCCUAUUGAAUCUGUAGACGUAAAAGUUGAACACAUUCUUCCUUUUUACGACUUGAAGGUUCCUCAGCAUUACAACAUCAUGAAGUAUCAGCCAGUUUGUACACGCUAUGCAGCUACAAGUUACAAACCUAUAAAACUUGCCCGACCACUGAGGCAGGGAGCYGAGGAUGAAUUGAUUCAAGUAGGCCCUUCUUCUGAGGGACAGGUAUCUCAGAGGACGGAUUUUCAGAAAGAAGCAGCAGAAGGGGAUAUCAGUCUCUCCAGAAACCUGGUUCCUCCCCAAGCUUUAGUCCACCCGACAGAGAGCAACCCACUUCGUAUUUUUAAUCCCUCUCCAGGACUAGUUCCAUUUGUACUUCCUUUGGCCUACUGUGAAUCAAAUAUUGAAUAUCAUGUUUGUCCUCAUCCAAAAUACACUUUUACCAAGAAAUGCCCCAAAGGAUCCAGUAUUCCAAUCACACAAAAGAAAUUUCUGGAUCACAAGGAAGUGAUUCGUGGAGUAAUGGAAUGGAGAAAAUUCUCAUCAUUGGAGUAUUCCACUUAUUCUAGCAUUCCCCCUCAGACAAAUGCAACACCUAGGGAUCCUUACAGUUUAGACAUGCUUCCAACAGAUGUACCACCAGUGCUGUGUGACUUACCUGAGAGAGACAAGGAGAACAUAAUUGACCAUGAGACAGAUGAAGCUGAGUUCAACAUGAUUCUUACUCCAGAGAUGGUGAGAGCYGAAUUUCCACAGAUUGGAGAGGCACUCUCAGAAGAAGAUGAAGAAUCAACAAAAAAAGAAAGUGAUACAUUGACGGAUGGUGCUUUACUUGCAGACCCACGCAAUGGUCCAGAUGGACAUUUUCAACCCCAAACCAAUGAGCUCGGAGAGAAGGUUCAAAGACAUCUGGAGACAUUGAAGCUGGCAGCACUUAAUAAAAACCUUAUUCUGGGAUAAGAGUCCAUGGCCUGGCCCUGCUGAAUCUGUUAAUGUGUGGGGCAUUCCCUGUCACAGCUACAUUUACUGUUGUUCAGUGAGAUUAGCAACUUCUCAUGCAAAAAGUAGAGAACCAACAGUAAUGCCACCUCUGUCAAGGACUCUCACUGCACCCACUACCCCAAACACAAUAAUUAGUCCAGUGAGAAACUUCAGUCUUGCAGCUGCUUAUUUGUUGUGGUGUGAAGGACCAGAAAACCUCAGUAGUACCAUGUAAAUAGUUUGGUAAUUAAUUUACAGCGCACUGUUUUCAAAUAAAAUGUGAAAGG